GCCGUAGAAAUGAACCCGAAGUUUUGAUUUCAUAUUCGCAGGCUAAUCUACGACACAAGUACACAACUUCUCCACUACAUAACUCUUAUCAGCUCGCUACUCGAUCAAUGCGAGACGCCGUCUCGCCUUCAUUUAUCUCCGCCCGCGAAUCGGUACCUCAUAAACCCUAAUCCGAACAUGACCGGAAGUGGCAGAAAAGGUGCUCGAAGCAGAAUCAAAUCCUCCACCGAUGUCCACGAAAACGAUCCCCUUCGAAGCAGACUGCCCAAUCUCAAGCUCCGAAAGAGCGCAAGCAGAGACCAGAGUGCCAUUAAAAUUUUCAAUGCUAAUCUCAAAGCUUUGCUAGUACUCGGUGCUUUUGCUUUCUUGAUUGUAGUGUUUCUAAUUUAUCACCUCACAGAAUCCGUUGAAGAAGAUCGGAAACCUAGAGUGGUUACACCUCUGCCCGCUCCGAAGAUCAUGGAUCUUCCUCAGUUCCAAGGGGAACACAGAGAGAGCUUGUACUGGGGAACUUAUCGCCCUCAAGUUUAUCUUGGAAUUCGUGCGAGGACUCCACGGUCUUUGAUUGCUGGCUUGAUGUGGAUUGGUGUAAAGGAUGGAAGAUACUUCAUGCGUCAUGUUUGCCAAGAUUCUGAUGAACUAAGCACAUAUGGUUGGACACAGCAUAAUGGACGGGAUUAUGGGCAUCAAGUGUUGGUUGACCAAGAUAUGACUUUGGCUACUAGUUUCUUAAAAUCCAAGGUGGAUGGCAGUGGAUAUGGUGGAGACUGGGCAGUUCGAAUAGACGUGCAAAGCAACGAAUCCAGAUUGAAUGAAGAAAUUUGGAGAAAUGGACAUCUUUUCUUUUAUUUGGCCGAUGAAGAUGGAAAUGCCCUAAGUUUGGGUACUGAUAACUUGGAUGUUCGUGAGAAUUCUCUCCUGGCAUCAGGAUCACGAAUGGAUGUUGGAAGUUGGCAACUCCAUUUAGAAUCAGCGGAUAAUUUGGAAAUUCAUCAUUCUGGUUUCAAGACACCUCAUAUUCACAAUUUAUCUGAUCUUGUCCAGGAAAAUCUUGGAGCCCAGGUGAGAAAGUUUGGACAUCUGCAGCUGAGUGAUUCAUCUGAUUAUACUCCAAAUGUUUUAGUUUUUCAGGUUUCUGCUAGAAUUCCUUUCAUGAUGGAUAUUGUUUUUGUGUCUGGAACUGAUUUGGAAAACUCAAGAGUUGAAAAAAGGGUCAGCAGCCUUACAGGUACCUCACUAUCAAGUCAACUAACUGAGAAGCAAAAAGAAUUUGACGACAAGUUUAAAGGUUGCUUCAAUUUUACUGACAAGAUUGAUUCUGAAUCUAUGAUUGUUGGGAAGGCUGCGAUUGGAAAUAUGUUGGGUGGUAUCGGCUACUUCUAUGGCCAGUCAAAAAUUUCAGUUCCAAGAAAUUCCAAUCUUAAAAAUGGUGAUAAUUUUGUUUCAUAUUGGCCAGCUGAGCUCUAUACAGCUGUUCCUAGUAGAUCCUUCUUUCCGAGAGGUUUUUUAUGGGAUGAAGGUUUUCAUCAGCUACUAAUCUGGCGCUGGGAUAUACGUAUUUGCCUGGAUAUUAUUGGUCAUUGGUUAGACCUAGUGAAUAUUGAUGGAUGGAUUCCACGUGAGCAAAUUUUGGGGGCUGAAGCUCUGAGUAAGGUGCCAGAGGAAUUUGUUCUUCAGCAUCCAACCAAUGGAAAUCCACCCACUCUAUUUUUGGUUUUACAUGAUAUCGUUUGUGGCAUGAAGAGAAAUAAAUUUACUGUUAUUGAACGCACUGAGAUCUCUACCUUCUUAGAACGGGCAUUUGUUCGCCUUGAAGCAUGGUUCCAAUGGUUCAAUACUACUCAGUCAGGAAAGGAUGUGGGUAGUUAUUUUUGGCAUGGGAGAGACAACACAACCAUUCGUGAACUAAAUCCAAAGACGCUGUCUUCUGGGCUAGAUGAUUACCCACGUGCAUCACACCCAGGUGAAGAAGAGCGUCACUUGGAUCUUAGAUGCUGGAUGCUUCUUGCAGCUGAUUGCAUGUAUUCCAUUACAGAGCUUCUUGGGAAAGAAAAUGAAGCAGGAAAGGUGUAUGGUUCAACAGCGAAGUUGCUCUCCAAUUUUGACAUUUUGAAUCAGAUGCACUUUGAUGAUGCAUAUGGAGCGUAUUUUGAUUUUGGGAAUCAUACAGAAAAGGUUCGGUUAAGUUGGAGAUUGGCAGAAGGCAACAAUUAUGGAAGCAGAGAGCUUGUUCGAGAAGUAUUAGAAAUGCCAGAAUUGAGGUUUGUUCUUCAUAUUGGCUAUAUCAGCCUUUUCCCAUUCAUCGAGAGGCUAAUUCCACCUGAAUCUUGGAUCCUAGAGAAACAGCUUGACCUCAUCUCAAAUCGGAGCACUUUAUGGAGUGACUAUGGACUCCGUUCUCUUGGCAAAACAAGCUCAUUAUACAUGAAACGCAACACGGAACAUGACCCACCUUACUGGAGGGGUCCAGUUUGGAUGAAUAUUAACUACUUGAUUCUUUCUGCACUUCACCAUUAUUCCAAAGAAGAUGGACCAUAUAGAGACAGAGCCAGAUUAAUAUAUAAUGACUUGAGAAGCAAUUUAAUUAGAAAUGUCGUUCGCAACUACCACAGGACUGGAUAUUUAUGGGAACAGUAUGAUCAGAAGAAGGGGAAGGGAAAAGGUGCUCGCCCCUUCACCGGCUGGACGGCACUUGUGUUGCUGAUCAUGGCAGAAGCUUACAGUGAUAGUUUGGGUACCUCAAUUUUGUAAAUGUAACGGCAAGAUUAUUUAUAGUAAGGAAACAACUUUAGAGAACAAAUACAGCAAGAUAGACCAAGUAAUUAUAGGAUGGACGUAUUAAGCGUGGUUCAAUAUGCAAGACUUCGCAAAUGGCUUCUCAAGCAGAACCUAACACAAGAUGGCCCUUUUAAAGAAUUGUGACUUAAAAAAAUUGCCUCAAAAGUCUCAUUUAUGAUGUUAAUUUUUCAAUCAGCUGCAGUACAGGGGAAGGGCAGGCGAAGCCAACAAUUUGGGUAUUUUUUUUAUUUUUUUGGCAAGAUGAGAAUAAAAUGAAUUGUGCUCCAAUUCAAACUUCAAUCGUAUUACAACUGCACUCAAAUUUCUAUCGAGUGCCAAGCAUAGCUCCACCAA